UAAUAAUAAUAAUAAUGUCAAGGGGAAUAGUUUUGUCCCACAGAGGCUUCCGUAGUACCCGGAAGUAAGUCCGGCGACAUUGAGUCACUCGGUUCAUCAUCACUCUGUAAUUUAAACACUUUAGGGAGUUUCACCCUAAGUUAGAGAUGGGGGACAUACGUCAGUCCUUAUUGCCUCGCGAUGUGCUGAGUGCUGCCAAGGAGCUGCUGUACCACUUGGACAUCUACAUCAGUAACCUUGUGCAAUCGGGUAGGCAGCCCCCCCAAGUAGACACAAAGACCUUGGAGCUGGUUGAGGAAUUUAUUCUGCAUGCACCAAAGGACAGAAGCGCAUUGACUAGGAGAAUGAGUGCACUUCAGGAGCUUCAGCUUCUGGAGAUAAUGUGCAGCUGUUUCCAGGAACAGAGCCGUGACACUGUUCGUCAGCUUAUGUUCUCCGCCCUCUUCAGCCUCCAAGGAAACCAGGCAGAUGACAGCCGCAUGGGACUGCUAAGCAAGCUGGUUUCCAUGGCAGUUGCUGUAGGCAGAGUUCCCAUCUUAGAAUGUGCUGCCACCUGGCUGCAGAGGACCCACCGUGUGUACUGCGUGCGCCUGGCACAGGUGCUGGUGGACGACUACUGCAGCAUGAUGCCAGGUUCAGUCCCUACCUUACAGAAUAUCCACAGUGCCAGUCCACGCUUCUGCUGCCAGUUCAUCACUGCUGUUACCACCCUCUAUGACUUCACUUCAGAGGAACUAAUCCCUCCUCUAGAGCUCCUCCAGAUGAUUGUGUCAUGGAUCCAAGAUGACCCUCACCUCGUCCUGGUCACCUUCCUGAACACACCUCUGUCUGGUAGCCAGCCACUCAGCUCAUUUGAUGUCACACCUCUGGGGGGCCUGGUGCGCUGGUGCGUCAAAGCCCCACUGAGUUACCGGCGGGACAAGAAGCAGGCCUCUGUACACAGCAGCUCUGAGAGUGAACAGGAGGUGACAGGGCUUUUCUCUGCCCUGCAUUUGAGUGUCCUACAGGUCUUUGUGCUCUUGCCAAACAUACUCAACGAGAAAGGCAUUUUUGGGCGUCUGGCCCUCCUCCAGAUGGACUCCUUGGCCUCGCUGGUCUCCGACCUUUCUCGGCAAUCGGACCAGGCCGACAAACACACGCACACGUCAGCCGCUGAUAUACAUGCGUUAACGCAACUGGCUCUGGACCGGCUGGCUCAGGCCCUGCAGGUUGCCAUGGCCAAUGGCGCCUUGCUCUGCUCGAGAGAGGACCUGAGAGCCAUCUGUUCACGCCUGCCACACAACAAUUUGCUCCAGCUGGUCUUUUCAGGCCCAGUGAUGUACUACAACAACAUCCACACACCUCCUGUGGCCUUCAGCCCUCACGCAUCCCAUUCUCCCAUUGCCUCGCACUCCAUCCACCCAGCACACGCCCCGCACACGCCGCUGGCCAACCUUCCCUCGCCGCAUCCCAACUCCCAUCCUCAGUACCCAGCGCAGCCUUUCAUGACCGGGAUGCCGUUUCCCUUCUGACCGAGCCACUGAAGAAAACAAAUCCUGUCGUCUUUUGUGAGUUAAACUCAUUCAUGUUCGUAUGUGUGCGCAUGAAAUGUUUGUUUGUGUGCAUGAUUAAAUGGCUGUACAACAUCUAAUGUAUUAUAAUGUGAAUAAGCACAUUGACCUUUGAACGUCUGUGUGGCUAACAUCUUUCUCCAAUAAAUAUUUUUCUACUUCUCCUUAUACUCCA